AUGGCCAUAGUCAACAGCAAGAAGACAUAUGCCAUCAUCCGUGCAAUAUACAAUCAUAGUCACUCUCCGGAGGAUUUUGAACGACAAUUAGACUUUGUAUUAAGUCGGAAAGUAUGUAUGGUUAUUAUCGAACCAGAAUCUCUGGGUGAAGUUACAUGGCGUUGGAUUCGUACGGGGAAUUGGCUACACAAAACAGCUGUUAUAUCAGGACUUGCUGCUCUAACUACAGCAGGAAUAGGUCUGAUGUGGAAUUCCGUCUUCUGCAAAAUAUACUUUCCAUUCGACUUGGGUAUUCGAUGGUUUCCUAACGUCCGAACAGAUGGUGCUCUUAUCACAAUUACUCCUAGUGUUAUUCGAUUCACUACAACUACAUUGAGCGCUAUCAGUGCGUCUGCCGCAGGAUUAUAUGCUUUAUUUUGGCAGUGGGAUCCGUGCUGUAAAUAUCAAGUGGCGUCAUCAGUUGCAUCUCUUCCAGUUGGAGCAACUUCCUUUGUAACACGUAGUAGUCAUGCCCUGAUGAAUUCACAUCCGGAUGAUAAUUCACCCGGAAGUGGGUUGAGCAAUGGUGACAGUCCUAAUGGUUCAUCAGAAAAGAGUCAAAGUAGUAAUGGAAAGCGUACUCGUGCAGUUAUAGCCGAAAAUCAUUCUAAUUCAAACAGUCCUCCUCUACGCCCUGUAGUCUUGGUUCGUAGAGAUGAUGGCAGAAGAAAAGUACUGCAUAAUGCUGUUUCUCUUACUUCUACAUUAGUUGCUUGCUAUAUUCUCUUUAGAUGGUCUCGGAAUUCUGAUAUUAUCAGUGAUUCUUAG